AUGAUUGAAUCGAACAUCUGGAAUGAAUUCAAAUUGAAAUAUCCGUCGUUCGAGAUCGGUGUCUUCAAUUACAUUGUUCGAACAUUAAUCGAGGUACUUAAACUUGGCUCCAUAAUAUGCCGAGGACAUCAAGAUUCUUCGGAUUUUCCGAAACCAAGUUGGAUGAUUGAAAUUGAGAACAAGAAUGCCUUCAACUCCAUAGAUCAAGAAUUGAAAAGAAUUCUUCGGAGAGAAUUCCUCGAUGAUCAACAUCUUCAAAAUAUUGAUGAUGGUAGUGGUGAUGGAUCUGGCGAAGAUUUUCCAUUAAUAUUUGAAACGUUCCCCACAAUAAGUCAAUUUACUACAACAACUACAACGACGACGACGACACCAAAACCAAAACAAGAACCGGAUCUCUCGUGUAUUGCACAAAAAGAAUGCUUCCAUGACUCAGAAUGUCCAACUGGAAAAUGUCUUGGAAGUGAAUUGGGAUUGUGCGAUUGCAAUGCUUGCAUCAACGCACUCGAAUGUGCUUCGGAUGAAGAUUGUGGAGGUUUGCGAAAUUCUUGUGUAGACGGAAGAUGCGAUUGUGUCAUGGCUUUCCAAACUCACGGCUAUGAUUUAUUCGUGAAAGUAAUCCUCAACUUCUGCCACCAGACCAGAUGUUCUUCAACUUCUGACAACUGCUUCGGACUUCCAUGUAAAAUCGGCAAAUGCGCUUGUAAUGUGCAACAUUCCAAACAGCCGGUUCACUAUUUCACCGGUUAA